AAAGUGGAAGGAGCGCCGCGUUGGGGAGGCGAAAUGCAGCUUCGCGUACGGCGCGCGCGCGCGCCUUCAGCGCCUUCCCCGCCGCCCGAUCCCGCCCUGCCUGUUCGCGGGAGGAGCCGCGUGGAGGAGGAGGGCCUUUAAGCCGAGCUCCCCAACCGUCCAGACCGGCACUGCAGCUUUGACAGCCGCUGCCGCCGCUCCAGCCCGACUGCGGCCUGCACGCUUCUCAUCCGCCUGGCAACGCUUCGCCUCGCCGCCAUGGCCAAGCCUCUGUCGGGGCAGGUGUGCGUGGUGACGGGCGCCUCUCGAGGCAUCGGCAAGGGUAUCGCGCUGCAGCUGUCCGGGGCGGGCGCCACCGUGUAUAUCACGGCUCGGCACCGCGAGGCGCUGGAGGAGGCGGCGACGGAGGUGCGGGCCCGCGGCGGGAAGUGCGUGCCGGUGGUGUGCGACUCGUCCCGGGAGGAAGACGUGGUGGCGCUGUUCGAGCGCGUCCGGCAGGAGCAGGCGGGCCGCCUGGACGUGCUGGUCAACAACGCCUUCUCCGGGGUGGGCUCCAUCGUGGAGGGGUUCGGGCUGCCCUUCUGGGAGAGCUCGACGGCCCUGUGGGACCAGAUCAACAACGCGGGCCUGCGGGGCCACUACAUCUGCACCGUCUACGCCGCCCGGCUGAUGGUGCCCGCCGGCAGGGGGCUGAUCGUCACCAUCUCGUCGCCCGGAGGGCUGCGCUACAUGUUCGACGUGCCCUACGGGAUCGGCAAGGCCGCCUGCGACCGCCUGGCCGCCGACUGCGCCGUCGAGCUGCGCCCCUUCGGCGUGGCCUCGGUGGCGCUGUGGCCGGGCUUCGUGCGCACCGAGAGCCUGGCGAAGGAAGUGGAGCACAGGACGGGGCCCAUGAUGGCGAAGCUGAAGGAGAAGAUGGCCUCCAUGGGAGAGACCCCCGAAGUGAGCGGGAAGUGCGUGGUGAGCCUGGCGUCCGACCCGCGCGUCAUGCGCCACAGCGGGAAGGUGCUCCUCAACCCGGACCUCGCCCGCCUUUACGGCUUCAAGGAUGUGGACGGCAGGGAAGUCUUCAACUACCUCUCGGUGCGGGACAUCCUCUCGGAGCUGAUGCCCAAACUGGCCGGUUUAUUCCGCCUCAUACCUCGGUUCAUCACCAUCCCCAAGUGGGCUCUCGCUCUCUAUUCUAGCAAGUUUUCCGUUUACCCACCCAUCCAGCCGCCUCAAUUUAAAUCAAAAAAACAAGCCUAAGAGGUAUAUUGCGCAGCUAUGCCUUUAACCUUCUCCGGUUGCUGAAAACUUCAAUUUGACACUUAUUUGGCUGGUGCGUUAACUAUUUUAUUAUUACAGUUGUUUGCAAUA